AUGUUGUGUGCCCAGAUCCUUAUCCUGGCAGUGGCUGUGGUGCAGUACAGAGCUGUGGCUGUUCAUGAAGCAUGCAGGACGGCGGAGGUGGCCGACAUCUUGUUCGUGGUGGGGCAGUCGCAGGGCACGGCAAGGGCCAGCUCCGGCCUGCUCAAGGACUUCAUCAGCAGCAUGGCCUGCUCCUUUGAGAACGUGCUGAUGGGCAAAGGAGGCAUCCAGCUGGCAGUGGCACUCUAUGGGGAGAAACCAAGGAUGAGUAUUGAGCUCACUGAUUACGUGACCAUCGAAGAGAUGCUGGUGGCCAUUCAAAAUCUCUCCCUCAAAGGCAGCAGCUUAAGGACAGGCUCAGCCCUGGCAUUUGCAGCUCGUGCCAUGUCUCGCCUGGACACGGUGCAAGAGGACGCAGCAAAGGUGGUUGUUCUGAUCACAGAUGGGAAAUCUGAGGACUCAGUUGAAAAGGAAGCCCAGGUCCUGCAGGAUGGAGGGGUCACUGUGUUUGCUGUUGGAAUUAAAGAUGCUGACAGGAAUGAACUGAAGAUGAUCUCUUCAGAGCCCACUGCAGAGCAUGUGCUUUAUGUUGAAGAUUUCCAGCUGCUCCCCAGUGUGGCCCCCAAACUCUCUCGAAGGCUCUGCUUCACUGCCUCAGAGCCACCUCGACCUGUCAAACAGACUGUGCAAGCUGAGAAGAUCGUGGGGCCCCGGGAUCUGUAUGUGAGUGAGCACAGCCACAGCUCGCUGCGGCUCACAUGGAGGGCAGCUACAGGGAGAGUGUCAGGGUACAGCAUCCAGCUGCAUCCCCUGCUGCCUUCAGGCCAGAUGCUUUCAGAGGACCAGCAGCAGGUUGUGGUGGAGGGUGACAAGAACACCGUGCUGCUGACUGAUCUGAAACCCAACACCAAGUAUGUCUUCACAGUGAGAGCCCUCUAUGCAGAUGCUGUUGGGGAGUCAGCAGUUGUCAAGGGGAAAACAAGACCUGUGCCUCCAGUCACUCAUUUCCGUGUGAUAGAAGAAGGACUCUUUAGCUUGAAGGUGGCUUGGACACCUCCACUGGGCAAACUGAAGGGCUACAAGAUCUACAUCCCCAAAGCCAACAGGCCAGGAAUGACCUAUGAGCAGGUUCUACGGGGUGAUGUCUCUUCCCAUGUGCUGGAUAACUUGCAGGAGGACACAGAAUACAGCAUCAACAUCUAUGCAGUGUAUCCCCAGGGGCCAAGCCAGCCCGUGGCUGCUGUGGGAAGAACAUUGAAGCUCCUGCCUGUGAAAAGCAUCUUGCUGCAGAAUGAAACCACUGACACACUCCAGGCAAGGUGGAGCCCUGUCCGGGGAGCAACGGGAUACAGACUCACCUGGACAUCAGCAGAGGGCAGCAUCCAGGAUGUGAACCUUGGCAACACCUACAGCUACUACAUGAUCCAGGGGCUGCAGCCUGGCACAGAGUACAACAUCACCAUCAACCCCAUCUUUGGAGAUGUGGAGGGGCCAGUGGUGAAGGCAAGAGCAUGGACAGUGGCAUCAAGUACUGUCCAGAUGUUGAAAGUGAGUGAGAUAUCCAGCAACAGUGCUCUGGUCUCCUGGGACUCUGUUGCUGGGGCCACUGGGUACCGAGUGACUUGGGGACCUACACCAGAGUUCUCUGCCAAAGCCCGUCCUUGCCAGCUGACCCUCAACAAGUCCAUCACAACCUACCAGCUGCACAACCUGGCCCAUGACACCGAGUACAUCAUUUCCCUCUAUGUGCUCUUUGGCUCAGUGGAAGGACCAGGGAUGACAACCUCAGCCAGGACAUCUCCUCUUGGCUAUGUCUCCAAUUUCAAGGUGCUGUCCUACACCAGCACAAGCCUGUCCAUGGCAUGGAGUGCCACAGCAGCUGCCACCAAAUUCAAAGUCACCUGGAGCCCUGUGGGAGCAGACAAAGAAAAACAGGUUGCCAAGACUCAGUACCUGAGCAGUAGAGUGUUGUCAUACCAGAUUAACCACUUGCUGCCUGGCACCCUGUACAAAGUCAGUGUCCGGGCUCUGUUCAACAAGAGCGAGGGGCCAGAGGUGGCUCUGACCCACCACACAGCAUCUCUUGCAGACUCCAACCCCAUCCAGGCCAUCCAAGACCUGAGGAUUACUGACACUGGUGUAAAUAGUUUGAAGCUGGCUUGGAGGAGGCUUCCUGGGGUAACUCACUACAAGAUAUCCUGGGUGCCAUUCAAUGGUGGCCUGGAAACCUCCCAGCUGGUGGCAGCAGACACAGUGUCCUUCACAAUCCCCAAGCUGAAGGAGGGCACUACCUACAGCAUCCAAAUGUCUGCAGUGACUGGGGAACAGGAGGGAAGCCCCACACUCCUCACAGCCAAAACCUUGGGUUUACCCCAAGUGACUGACUUCACAGUGCAGGAGGCUGCAGAGACCAGUGUCUUGCUGACUUGGACAGCUGUCCCUGCAGCAUCCACAUACCUGUUAUCAUGGCAUUUGUCCUCAGCUUCUGCUCUUUCCAGGGAGCUGUUACCAGCAGCCUCCAGAUCAUAUCGAGUCACAGGUCUGAGAGCCAACGAAACCUAUUUGUUUUCCAUAAGACCAGUCUUUGGAGAUACAGAAGGACCAGACACAACCCUCCUUGGGCAAACAGUGGGACCUCACAGAGAGUCACCUGAGCCACUCACUACAGCUGCUUCUACACAAUUGGAUAUGGUGAGACCUCCAUCCAUAUCUCCUAACAGUGUGGGGACCACUCCUGUUCCACCAGCCACCACCACAAUGGUACCAGCAACCCCAGAGACCCCACUAUCAACCACCGUGGCACCUGCGCUGCUGACGACUCUCCCUGCACCAAUCUGUGGCAAGCUCAAAGCAGACAUUGGCUUCCUGGUGGAUGAGUCCUCAAGCAUUGGCCAGAGCAAUUUCAAUAAAGUGAAGGAUUUCCUCUUCAGGAUCGUUUCUUAUUUCCCCAAGAUUGGCCCUGAAGGGACACAGGUUGCUGUUGCUCAGUACAGUGAGGAGCCCAGGGCAGCCUUCCACUUCAACCAGCACCGUGACCGCAACAGUGCCCUGAAAGCCAUCAAGGGCCUGAGCUAUGCUGGAGGCAACACCAAAACAGGUCAGGCCAUAGCCUACAUGCUAAAGGAGUUGUUUCAACCCUCCAAAGGGAUGAGGCCAGAUUUCCCUCACAUGAUGGUGCUUGUGACUGAUGGGCAAUCCCAGGAUGAUGUGUUGCCACCAGCCAGAGUAGCCCAUGCUUUAGGGAUCCAUGUCAUUGCUGUGGGUGUCUCAGGAGCUGACCCCCUUGAGCUCAACAGCAUCUUACUGCAGCAGAACCUCCAGAAUGUUUUCUACGUCAGCACAUUCGAUGACUUCCCCCAGAUCCUCCAAGAGCUGAUAGAAGUCAUUUGUUCUGACACUCAACCCUCAGGAGCCCAGCUACCAUCUGGGGAGGUUGCCAGACAUGAAGCUGACAAGCAACUGCCAUUUGGUGACACAGAGAGCAAGACACACACCACUCAUCCUUCAUCAGCUGGACCACAUAGCCAAAAAGAAGAGGAGGCUUGUGGUCCCUGGUGUUUAAAGAGCUUCAGGAGCUCCCUGGCUCAUGGAGGCUAUGACCCAUCCAGCUUCCCUACAAAGGGAGAGAAAGGAGAGAGGGGUCUACCUGGGCAGGAUGGCAUUCCUGGGCUACCAGGCAGACCAGGGAGGACAGGUCCUCCUGGUUCCCCUGGACUCAUGGGUGUCCCUGGCAUCCAAGGUGAUAUUGGACCUCCUGGCUAUCCAGGACCAGUGGGACCAAAAGGAGACAGAGGAGAACCAGGCUAUGUCCUGGGAGGAGUGGAAGUGAUCCCUGGCCAAAAUGGGCAGCCUGGCCCCCCUGGACAGAAAGGGCAGCCAGGGGUUCCUGGAGCAGCAGGACCAGCAGGUUUACCAGGGCCACAGGGACCACCAGGCACCUCCAUCAAGGGUGAGCCAGGGGAAUCAGGUCCCAGGGGCCCUCGUGGGAGGAAAGGCCUCAAGGGUGACAGAGGAACCACGGGAGAGUCGGGGAGACCUGGCUUGCCAGGGCUGGAUGGUGUUCCUGGACUGCCUGGACCAAGAGGACAAAAGGGGAUGGCAGGAACUGGCAUUCCUGGCACUGUGGGCCCAAAGGGGGAUGCAGGAGAGCAGGGGGUGAUGGGACCUCCAGGAGCACCAGGCCCUAAGGGACUUCCAGGACCUCCAGGGAAGAAAGGAGACCAAGUUUUGGGACCUCCAGGCAAGAAAGGUGUCAGGGGAGAUAUUGGGCCAAGAGGGGCCCUGGGACCACAGGGAGACAGAGGAAUCCAAGGAGACAAAGGAGAGAAGGGAAGCCCAGGUUUUGGCAUUCCUGGUCAACGUGGGCUGAAGGGAGAUCCAGGAGAUAGGGGAAACGUAGGUUUGGCUGGCAAACCAGGUCAGAAGGGAGAGCCAGGGAAGAAAGGCACCUCUGGGACCAAGGGAGAAGCUGGUGUCCCUGGAGAACCAGGAGAGAGAGGAAUCAGGGGGCCACCUGGACUGCCAGGACGGCCUGGAGAGCAGGGGAUUAAAGGCAGCACAGGACAACCUGGGAAAGAUGGAAUCACUGGAGAGAAGGGAGACAAGGGAGAACCUGGUGAGCCUGGGCUGCCUGGGACUCCUGGAAGCCUUGUGAAGGAGACAAAGAACUAACAUGUUGCUGCUGGUUCACAGGGGGAUUGUGGAAAGGAAGGCUUAAAAGGUGAAAGAGGUCCUCCAGGCCCAAAGGGAGAACCUGGCCCACCAGGCAAAGGAGUGGAAAUGAAGGAUCUGGAGAGGCUUUUUGAAGCCAAUGGUAUCAAGCUGGCACUGCUGAAGGAUCUCUCCAAUGCACUGCUGCAGGAUGGGCUGGAUGGGCUGGUGCAGCAACUGGGUGGCUCCAGGACAAGCAAGACCUCCAGGAGAAAGCAGACAGCUCUGCAUGCCACCAAGCAUGGGGGUUCACUGGUGUAUGAUACUUCUGAUGAUGCCCUGGCCAGCACAGAGGUGACAGAAGAAGCCCAGAGCCUGGAGGUAGAAGCUCAUUUUAGGGUGCCAGUGUCUGAAGGACCUCCUAAGGGCUCAUCUGCUGGUGGUUUCCAACCUGAGUACCUGUCCCUUGGAAACUCUGCUGAGAAAACAUCUGAAGGAAGAAGGAAGGAGACAGAUUCCAGAGGGACCAACGCUCCUCUCAGCACUAGUUUGGCUGUGCCUCCACCACACCCAGAAGAUGAUGUACAAGGAAACCAGUUCAUGGAGCCUCUCGAGUCCAUGGAGGAGAGAGUGGAAGGAGAAGCACAGCAGAACACCAGCUAUGAACAUGUGAAUUCAGGGGAUGGCUCUGCCCUCCCAAGGCAUGUUAGAGACAGGAGAUCUGCUGAGCACGAGCCACACACAGUUCAUCCCCCUGGUGCCCCAGGAGCUCGAAAAUCCUCAUCUGGAUCUGCGGCAUACCCAGGCCCCCAUCAGCCCAGGAGAGUUAAGAAGGAGGAAAUUGGCCCAGUAGAACCACCCUCCCUUGGCCAAAAGGGAGAAAUGGGAGCUCCAGGACUCCGUGGAGACAAGGGAGAAAAGGGGCAGCCUGGAGAGAUGGGGGAACCUGGAGAAAAGGGCACCAGAGGAGACAGAGGUGAAAAUGGCCAAAAGGGAGAACCAGGAAUUGGCUUCAGGGGGCCUGUUGGUCAAGCUGGGCCACCUGGAUUUAAGGGUGAGCCAGGGGCUCCAGGACCUCCAGGAGCUCAGGGCAUCCAGGGCAUUCGUGGCAACGCUGGCACCCCUGGCUCACAGGGAGACAGAGGGGCUCCAGGUCUGCCUGGGGUGUCAGGACAGAAGGGAGAGCGUGGCAAGAGAGGCCAGAAUGGAUUUGCUGGUCCCCCAGGACCCCCAGGAUCCCCAGGAAUACAGGGGAUUCCUGGGACACCUGGAGCCAAAGGCAGCAAGGGAGAAACUGGCGUUGGAGCAGCUGGUCCAAGGGGUCCUCGUGGACUGCCUGGCCCUCAGGGUGAUGAGGGCAUCGUGGGAAUCCAGGGCCCCACUGGCACGAUGGGUCUAAAAGGCUUCCCUGGUGUCAAAGGUGAAAGAGGUGAUCGAGGACUUCUGGGACCCAAGGGAGAAAGAGGUGAGCCAGUGACCGUAUUUGGACCCCAGGGCUAUAAAGGCAAUAAAGGAGAUCCCGGAGAACAGGGCCUGCCAGGUUUUGAUGGAGACAAAGGCGAGAAGGGAGAGGAUGGGCCUGUAGGAGAGAAGGGAAUCAAAGGUGAAGGUGGCUCCAAGGGAGUGAUGGGGCUUUUUGGAACAAGAGGACCAGUGGGACAGAAGGGGGAGCCAGGAGAACCGGGUUUGCCAGGCUCUGCCGGUGCUGCAGGACUCCACGGCAGCAGCGGGAGCAAAGGAGCCAAAGGCGACAGAGGCCAGCAGGGGCAGAGGGGGAAGCCCGGAGGGAAAGGUGAUCCUGGGACCACUGGUGACACAGGGCAGAAAGGAACAAAGGGCUUACGAGGCUUUCCAGGACACAACGGUGCUCUCGGAGCCAAAGGCACCAAGGGAGAAACUGGCAGUCCUGGAAAACCAGGGAUCCCAGGAUCAGAUGGCCCAUAUGGGCCAAAGGGUGAACAGGGAGCAUCAGGGGACCAUGGUGCCUCAGGGGUUCCUGGGGAGAAAGGAGAAAAGGGGGCCAAGGGAGUUCCUGGCUUGGGAGGCUUCAAAGGACAAACAGGACAGCCUGGGAAGACUGGAGUGGCUGGACCAGAUGGACUUCAAGGGCCACAGGGUGAACCAGGGCCACAGGGGCCACGAGGGAGAAGAGGGAGAUCUCAGCUCUGCCUCAAAGGACCUCCAGGCAUGGAUGGGCAAAAAGGACAAGUGGGUGAAAAUGGUCCAGCUGGCCAGAAAGGAGAAAAGGGAGAUCCUGGUCUUUCUGAAGAAGAGGUGAAGGAGGUGGUCAGGAGUGAGAUGAGAGGCAGAUGCAGUUGUGGAGCUGAGUUGGGAAGGAUGCUCACAGGAAAGGGUCUGGAGGCAGCUGAAAUCAACAGGGAGCUCCAAGGGUAUUUUCAGCCUCAGGAACACCCCAGAAGGGAUGGUGGAAGUCAGGAAGAUGUGCUAAACAAAAGCCAGAGCACGACCACGUUGGUGUCUUCAGUGAAGCCCUUCAUGGAGCCACCCUCACUUAUUGUAGCAGGUCCCUGGGCACAGAAGGUAACGGGUCCCUCUCAGCACAAGCACCGAGAAGCCCACAGUCAAUUACCAGCCUCCUGCCUGCAGCCAAUGGAUGAGGGCUCCUGCCAGCACUACACCCUGCUCUGGUAUUACCACCCAGGGGCCAAUGCCUGCAGACCCUUCCUCUUUGGAGGAUGUCGAGGGAACAGCAACCGCUUCGAAACCAAGUGGAAAUGUGAGCGGCGGUGCAAAAGCUGGGCAGCAAGUCCCACCUUCUGCACUUGA